UUCUGCGUUUCCCUCCCACCCAGCCCUUUGUCUGCAUCCCCGGUUUGGAAAGUGCCAUGUCAGCAGCAGUGCCACAUCAGCAGCAGUGCCACAUCAGCAGUGCCACAUCAGCAGUGCCACAACAGCAGUGCCACGACAGCAGCAGUGACAUGUCAGCAGCAGUGCCAUGUCAGCAGCAGUGCCACAUCAGCAGCAGUGCCACGUCAGCGGCUGUGCCAUGUCAGCAGGGGCCCGCCACAGUGACGGGUUCAUCGUCGGGCAUGCCAGGUCAAUUGACCAACGAGUCCAUUGACGAAUACCAUCAGCGGGUUCUACCUCAGCUCGCAAUGAUUGAGGCUGAGGUACAGCGUCAGGCUGCCCGCUUACAGGCUGAAGCAGAGGCAGCAACUGAAAAGCAGCGACUUCAGGCCGCAGCUGAGGCAGAUACCCAGGCACGCCGCAAGGAGGCCCAGGAUCUGCUACAACGGCACGAAGCCGCCAGCAUCGAAAGGCUCAAGUUCUGGCAUUUUGAACCAGCUGAGGACGACGAUGACGCGACACCAGAAGAGCAGCACAAGGAGUUCCUCUCCAAACUUGUGACCCUGUUGGUUUACACUUUGCAGAACCACAAGGAUAUGCAUGAGGAUGCUACACGAGCACUUCAUUCCCGUGUACAGGACUUGGAGCAAGCCGCACCAAGACUAGACGCUGGCAAGUCCAGCAGUGCACCCUCAACCCGCCAAUUGGAGGAACGAGUUGACCAUGUAGUCGCAAUGCUCGGUGACAUCAGCACCUUCGCCGCACCAGCCACCAUCAGCGAGCAGCUCAGCACCUUGCAGACCGAGCUCAGGCAGCUACACCAGCCGCACGAUAACGAUCGCAGCACUAGUACAUCAAAGAACUACAAGAUGCCAACGUUCCGGAUCGAGAAAUUUGAUGACUAUACGCAUCAGGACCCAGUCGUCUGGUGGGACGGUUUUACAACGGAGCUUGGGAUUCACGAGGUCCCCGAAUACUUGUUCAUCUCGGCGUUGUUCCUCAACGUCAAGGGCGGAUGCCAGAUCUGGCUCAGCCACAUGGCAACCAUCUAUGGCGUCCAGGUCAACCAUCUAUACAAGAAGAUCUCCUGGGAAGAUCUGACGAGAGAAUGGAAGAAGCGGUUCAUCAUUGACGACGCCCCAACGCUCGCCAUUAACUGCCUCUUCACCAUGACCCAAGGCAACACACCGACAUGCGAUUGGCUCACGGAAUGGCAAAAGAUCGUGGCAACACCCGAUCUCGACCUGCCAUUUUCGCAUCUGCGUCGAGAGUUCUACAACCGGUCGUGUGUCGCCUUGAGCCUUGCACUCAGUGAUCAUGAGCAGUACACAACCUUUGCCGAAAUCAUCGGCAAGGCGCGAGAGAUCAUCAAGACCAAUCGGGCUGCUGCACACGAGAAGUCGGCGUGGCAGCCAGCCUAUGUGGAAAAGGGAAAAUUUGGUCCAACUGAACAACAUCGUAGAAGACCCGGCAGCCACCUCAACAUCACGUGAGGGAGAUCAGGUUUCCGCUGUCCAGCCACGAAGCAACAAUCACUCCGGUGGAAAAGGGAAGGCGAAAACCGCAUCGCUGGCCGAAAACAAACAGCCGGUACCAUG